CUUCAUUUUACACAUCCUUGUUUGAUUUUAUGCAUAUACCAAACAUUAUGGCAAAAAUGAGUCUCUCAUCAUACAUAUUAAUACUAACUUUUUCUUUGUUUUCUCAGGGUGUUUUACUUGCAGCAUCAAAGUCCAUAGGAAAUUUAGAAGAUGACAUGGUAUUUAAUACAUUUAGGCUGGGGAAAGCCUUUCAGAAGGAAGAUACUGCAGAAAAAUCAGUCAUUGCUCCUUCCCUGGAACAAUACAAAAGUGAUGAGAGCAGUUUCAUGAACAAUGAGGAAAACAGAAAUUCAAAGAACACAGGCUCCAAAUAUAAUUCCUUAAAUCAUGAUCUGCCACUGAAUCUGGCUAUCAAACCUUAUCUUGCACUGAAAGGAUCUGUAGCUUUUCCAGCUGAUAAUGGCGUUCAAAAUACUGAAUCAAUACAGGAAAAGAGAGAAAUUGGGGAUGAAGAAAACUCAGCUAAAUUUCCUAUAGGAAGGAGAGAUUUUGACAUGCUCAGGUGUAUGCUGGGAAGAGUCUACCGACCUUGCUGGCAAGUCUGAUACUUCUUGGUCCAUACCAUCUUUUCAGAAGAAAACAAAAUCGUUUAAUUGCCAAUGGGGGAAAAAGCCCCUAAUGUUAUUGUGACUUGUGUAUAAUUUUAA